CGUCUACUUGGCAACAAAAUCAGUGUUGUUAACCGUUGCUAGGGAAAUGAAGGAGCUAAUUUUAAAGCCGCCACUCUGAUAUUGACGGUUCAAGGUAACGGUGUACUGGCAGGUUUUCGAUAAAGUUGUAUAAACCAAAAUAACCAAACGGUUCCUGUAGUUUUACAAGAGAGAAAAAGGGUUAAGACGCAUUUGUUUGAAACGCUAUUUAGCUCAGCUAGCAUAUAUUGUUGCUAUUCAGUUAGCAGUUAGCUUCCCAAGCUACAGGAGAUUUCCUACCUAGUGAAGAUAAAUGAAGUGUUUGAGUCUGAAGUUUUUUUAGUAAGCAAGUAGGGUGUGAAAUGGUCAAAUGUGCUAACAAUACCAUCCUCGUUUUUCGUGAGGUGUUAUGACGAUAAUGAAAAAGAUUUAUCCUGCUCACAACAGCUUGUUUUGGACAUGAAGAAAGGAUGGCGGAGAAUGGAGAGGACUGCACUCUCAACUGCCCCUCUGAAACUCGUGAUAAAGGAGCCUACGAUGACAUUGAAAGCAGGAGCCCCAAAACCCCACUAGUCGAUAUAAAAUCUAACAGAAAGAAAAAUGAUGCUGGACAAGCAGACAGGGAGAUCCCUGUGUACCUGCCUCAACCCCCCUCACUACCCAGGCUUUCUAAGUUUGGUAAAAGUGUUUCAGCGGAGGAGACGGUGAGGACCAGGAGGCUCAGAAACAGCCAGGAGAGUCUGAGUGACAGAGCAGAGACAGGUUCCUCCACAGACUCUCUCAGAGAAGAUCGAUUAUCUCCAAGAAACGAGCAGGACUCCAACACCAAACUUACCAACUUCACAAUUGGAUCUCCGGUUCUCCAGGACAGGAAGAGCAGACCGGCCAAGCACGAAAAAAGGUCACAGAGUCAGCAGAGUGUCUGGGAGGACCACCGGGGGCGAUCAGCCAAGAUACGGCUGUCUCCACUGCGGCCCACAGGGCCACUGCCUGCUCUGGACAAGACCUUUGCGUCAGCCGCUUUAAAGGCUGUUAAUAGGAUUGACAGGGAUUGUUUGGAUUAUGGCAUGCUGGUCAAAGAGAAGGGUGGUAAGAGACUCCACAGGAACCUGAGCGACAGCCGGCUCCUGGAGAACAUGGGAUCGGACAGUGUCUCUGUAAGCUCCAUGAAGUCUGUCUACAGCGUUCUAAGCCCCAUCAGACCCCAGGAUGUAAGAAACAGGAGUUUCCUGGAGGGCAGUAUGCUGGGAAGCGGGGCCUUGCUCGGGGCUGAGGAGCUGGACCGACACUUUCCAGACCGAAGAGUGGGCGUCUAUGUGGUGACAUGGAACAUGCAGGGAGAGAAGUUUCUUCCAGCAAACUUAAAUGAUCUCCUCCUUCCGAUGGACUCUGAAUUUGCACAAGAUAUUUACGUCAUCGGGGUUCAGGAGGGCUGCCCUGACAGGAGGGAGUGGGAGACCUGCCUCCAGGAAACUCUGGGACCUCAUUAUGUUAUGCUCUACACCGCAUCACAUGGGGUCCUGUACCUGACCGUGUUUAUCAGGAGAGACCUCAUGUGGUUCUGUUCAGAAGUGGAACAUGCCACGGUCACAACCAGAAUCAUCUCUCAGAUUAAGACUAAAGGGGCUCUGGGGGUCACCUUUACCUUCUUUGGAACGUCCUUCCUCUUCAUAACAUCCCACUUUACAUCUGGAGAUGCCAAAGUUUACGAGAGAAUUCUGGAUUACAAUAAGAUCAUUGAGGCCUUAGCUCUUCCCAAAAGCAUUCCAGACACCAACCCGUAUCGCUCCUCAUCUUCUGACGUCACCACCAGGUUUGAUCAGGUUUUCUGGUUUGGUGAUUUUAACUUCCGACUCAGCAAAGAGCGGGCUGACAUUGAGACGAUAAUGAAGCGAACAAUGGGUGGGGAUAUGAGCCCUCUGCUGGAGCAUGACCAGCUCACUAAGCAAAUGAAGGACGGGUCCAUCUUCAAAGGUUUCCAGGAGGCACCAGUCCACUUCUUUCCAACCUACAAAUUUGACAUUGGCUGUGAUAACUAUGACACCACCUCUAAGCAGAGAACGCCUUCAUACACAGACAGGGUUCUGUUCAGGAGCAGGCAGGCUAAUGACAUAAGAGUGCUGAAGUAUGACAGCUGUUCCAGCAUAAAGACUUCAGACCACAGACCCGUCAUCGCCGUCUGUCAGGUUAAACUCAGGCCGGGAAGAGACAAUAUUCCUCUGUGUGGAGGAAUGUUCGACCGGAGUUUGUACCUGGAGGGCAUCAAAAGGAGGAUGACUGCCAGAGAGCUGAAGAGGAGGGAGGCCAUAUCCAGCCAAAACAGCAGCACCAUCUGCACCAUCUCCUGAACGCUUUAAGAAGCUCUCUACAGUCAGGACUGAACCUGUGCCACACGUGGGAAUGGACCAAAAUGAUAACCAGCGUUGUCUUAACAUGCUGUUGGGAUAAUGGCUGCAGCUGAGCACCAAGGGCCUUUAAGGUCUGCAGACAUCAGCAGUCUGGCCUUUAUUUAGCCUUCUUUACUUAAAUAUGACUGGGAAACAAAGAGUGAGUGGAUUGGGUGCCUUUAGUGCUUAAUCCUCAGUCACAUGCAACUAACCUGAAAGUCUGCACUCAUUGUCUUAACAGAAUCCGUAACCAUUCUGAUGGUCAAACGAUCAAAAGCCUUGUGAUUUAUAAUGCACUGACCCAAACUUUUAUUAAAACAAAAGAAACAUGUAGGUGUUUGGCUUAAAUUGCAUUUUUUUUACUGGUCAGAGCAUUUCUGCUGAGGUUAGUACAAUUCUCAGAGUGUUACAAAGAGAAAUGAGGGUACGAGUUGGUUCCAUUUCAGGGAAACUUGACGUUUAUAUUUAUUUGAAGAAUUGUAUUGAUCUGCUUUUUCAGGGAACUCACCAUAGAGAGAAUGUUGAAAUGUUUUUGUCAUGGGAAGCUUGUUACUGUCGCUGUCUUAUAUUCCAUGCAGUUUUCAUCAUAGCUCUGACUUUAUGCCUUGCAUCUCGUUUAAUUCCUUACAGACCGUAAACUUUCAAUGUACUGUAUGUAGCACAGCUAUGGGCUGGAGCUUUAAAAGCUUUCUGCUUAUUUAAACAAGUGCCUAUGGGUCUUGCUAACUUAACAUGACCCGUUUGUCAAUAAUUUGUAAGUUAUUGUGUAAUCUAAUGUGUAACAUCCUGUAAUAAAUUGGUAAAUUUGAACCUUUA